AUGAAAUGUUUAACUUCCAAUUCUCUAGGACAGGGAGCUGCACUUUUGGGAGAGACCACCUGCCCACUGAAAGUCACCGAGGAUAUCUGGUUUGGAUGCUGUUCCUGCACCUAUGUCACCAGAGAUCAGCGUGGGAUCGUGAGCCACCUGGUUGUCCAUGGCGAUGAACAAUGCAAGUACCUGCAGCAUCCUCCCAUGUCAUCUGCCUCUAGAUCCCAAGUACCCAGCAACAUUCAAAAGCACAAGAGUGAAAAGGUUUUUAAGUGCAAGUUGUGUCCUCAAGUAUUUGCUAAGAAUCGCCAACUGACCUGGCAUAAUCAAACACACACAGGUGAAAAACCAUUCAAGUGCAAGCUGUGUCCUCGAGCCUUUGCUAAGAAUUGCCAACUGACCUGCCAUAAUCAAACACACUGUGGUAAAAAGCCUUUUGAUGGUGAAAAGCGAUUUAAGUGCAAGUGGUGCCCCCAAGCCUUUUCUCGUAAUUUCCAUCUCAUCCACCAUAAUCAAACACACGUCAGUGAAAAACCAUACAAGUGCAAAUUUUGUCCCCAAGCCUUUGCUCAGCAAUCCAGGCUGAUGCGCCAUCAUCGAACACACACUGGUGAGAAGCCAUUUAAGUGCAAGCUGUGCUCCCAAGUCUUUGCUCAGGCUUCUCAUCUGAAAAGCCAUAAUCGAAUACACACUGGUGAGAAGCCAUUUAAGUGCAAGCUGUGCCCCCAAGCCUUUGCUCAGAAUUCUCAUCUAACAAGGCAUAAUCGGACACACUAA